AUGACCUGUGUCGGGAAGGAAAAUGGGUUUCUCAUAUACCAUGGGAGUAACUUUCUUAAACAACGGCUUCUGCUAUCAACGUUAAGUGGAAAAGCGAUCGAAAUACGGGAAAUACGGCCACACCGAGAGAAUAGUCCCGGUCUGCAAGAGUACGAAACGAACCUGCUUCAACUGCUGGACAAACUAACAAACGGUACGAUUACUCGAGUAGAUCGCGAUGGUUGUUCGUUCCUUUAUCAACCAGGACUCUUGUAUGGUGGAACAAUUCAUCAUGAUUGCAGUACCGAACGGGGCAUUGGUUACUAUCUGGACGUGUUGGUAGCACUUGGCCCGUUCUGCAAGAAACCACUGCAGGUCACGCUGACCGGUGUGACGAAUAGCAAAGAAAGCCCUUCGGUCGAUCAUAUCAAGGGUUCCGCCCUGCCCGCUCUGAAACGGUUCCUGCUCGUGGACGAAGGUCUUGAGCUAAAAAUACUCAAGCGCGGCAUGAUGCCGGGUGGAGGCGGUGAAAUCACAUUCCGUUGUCCCGUGCGUAAAUCGCUGAAAGCUAUCCAGUGCACGAAGCAAACGAUGGUCAAGCGCAUUCGUGGCACAGCCUACUGUUGUAAGGUUAGUCCCGCAAUGGCCAAUCGUGCUGUGGAGCAUGCGAAAGGAGUGAUGCUAAAUUUUCUACCCGACGUCUAUAUCAACACGGACCAGCAUAAGGGCAAGCGGUCGGGAAACAGUCCCGGGUACGGUAUAAACCUUGUGGCCGAAACAACCGACGGUACCACGUUUGCUGCGGAAGCUAUAUGCAAAACCAUGGAAGAGCAAGAAGGCAAUCCAUCCAUACCGGAAGAUCUUGGCCGCGAGGCAGCGAUGAAACUGUUGGAUGAGGUGUUCCGCGGUGGCUGUGUAGAUUCCGCGUUUCAGUGGCUGGUUGUGCUGUAUAUGGCGUUGGCACAGAAGGAUGUUUCGAAGUUUCUUAUUGGACCACUCUCACAGUAUACCAUUCAUUUCCUGCAGCAUUUGCGAGAAUUUUUCGGCAUUACGUUUAAGCUAGAGAAUGCGAACGGUGAGGAGGGUGAAGAGGCCCAAGAUGAUGAAGAGUUGUCCGGUUCCAACAAAGUCAUGCUGACCUGUGUCGGUGCAGGGUAUAGUAAUUUCAGCAAGCGGGCCAACUAA